AUGUACGUAGUAAUAAGUACUGCCCCGAAUUGGGUAUCCAAGGCAUACACGGGCAAGAAGCUGAACGUCCGCCCAGAGAGCGCGAUGUAUGCGUGCUGUGAUGCGUCUCUCGACUGUGCCUGCCGCAUGUCAUCUGCGUCUACAUCAACCAACCAAAAUAUCGACAAAUCGCAAGCAGUAUGGAAGGAUGGGCAGACAGACGGCGAAAAGCCGGUCUCCAGACAAGAGAAGAAGAGAUCAUACAUCUUGUCCAUGUUCCCGUAUCCCUCAGGAUCGUUACAUAUGGGACACGUCCGGGUCUACACAAUCUCCGAUGUGCUAGCCCGCUAUAAGCGCAUGAAAGGAUAUAAUGUUUUGCAUCCGAUGGGUUGGGAUGCCUUCGGUCUUCCAGCAGAGAAUGCAGCUAUUGAGCGUGGAGCUGAUCCUGGAGUGUGGACGACUCAGAACAUCUCAAAUAUGAAAGAGCAAUUGACCGGCAUGGGAGUUUGUUUCGAUUGGCGUACGGAAUUCAUGACAUGUUCACCUUCCUUCUAUAAACACACCCAGAAGCUUUUCUUGAUGUUGCACAACUGUGGCCUGGCUUACCAGGCUGAAGCAACAGUCAACUGGGACCCGAUUGACAAAACGGUCCUUGCCAAUGAACAAGUUGACUCUGAUGGAAAAUCAUGGCGGUCUGGAGCUGUAGUUGAGAAGAUUCAGCUCAAACAGUGGUUCUUUCGAAUUACUGCAUUUCAGGAUUCCCUUCUUCGCGACCUUGAUGCGCUAGAUAAGCACGAUCAAUGGCCAGAGCGGGUUUUGACACAACAGCGAAACUGGCUUGGCAAGUCUUCGGGAGCAAAGAUCAAGUUUGGCGUCUGUAUAGAGGGAUCGCCAUGGGUCCAGGUCACAGUAUUCACCACACGACCCGACACUUUGUUCGGAGUUCAAUAUCUUGCUCUGUCCAUUCGCCAUCCCAUUGUCCAAGAUCUUGCGCACCGACUUCCAAAGCUCCGAGACUUCCUUAGCCGUGCUGCCACCUUACCCCCCAAUUCAAAGGAAGGCUUCUUACUGCCAGGCGUCCAAGCCAUAAACCCCAUAGAUAUAGUCGCGCCUGAUGGCGUUCAGGUCGAAAAGUUACCCGUCUAUGUGGCACCAUAUGUGUUGAGUGGAUAUGGAGAAGGUGCCGUCAUGGGCGUUCCUGGCCAUGAUUCAAGGGAUCUAUCCUUCUGGCGGCAACAAAACCCAUCAAAUAUAGUUUAUGUCGUUGUUGAUGCUACGCACGACCCAGUUUCAAUACGCACGGUAACAUCUGGCAGUGAGCUUCCAGAAGCAUUGGUACAUCCUGGCGUGCUGAAUGAAAGAUGCGGGCCAUAUGCCGGCAUGAAGUCUGAUAAGGGCGGCAAGCAGAUCAUUGCAGACCUACAAAGUCGCGGCCAGCUUGCAUCUACAGCAGAUAGCUGGCGUCUCAGAGAUUGGCUGAUCAGUCGACAACGAUACUGGGGCACACCCAUCCCGGUUGUGCAUUGUCAAAGCUGCGGUGCUGUACCUGUUCCUGAGGACCAACUACCUGUUGAGCUUCCCAAACUUGACGAUUCUGUCAAGGGCAAGAAGGGUAACCCGCUCGAGCAGAUCGAAUCCUGGGUCAACACCACAUGUCCCACUUGUCGUCAGCCAGCGAAGCGCGAUACGGAUACAAUGGACACGUUUGUGGACUCUUCCUGGUAUUUCAUGAGGUUUCCAGACCCUCAGAAUGCCAAGCAGCCAUUCUCGAAAGAGGCUGCUGAAGCAUGGCUUCCGGUGGACACUUACAUUGGUGGUGUUGAGCACGCGAUCUUACAUUUACUCUAUGCGCGCUUCAUCUACAAAUUCCUUUCCAGCGAAGGUUUACUUCCCCAGUACCAGAAACGUGAAAAUUUUCCUGUAGAACCGUUUACGAGACUUAUAAGUCAAGGCAUGGUUCACGGCAAAACUUUCUCAGAACCUGCAACAGGCCGCUUUCUGCAUCCUUCCGAGGUUGACGGCGCUGAAACUGCAAAUCCCAUGAUCAAACGUUCAGGCCUCAGGCCUGCCAUCACAUUUGAAAAGAUGUCAAAAAGUAAGCACAAUGGCGUUGAUCCCUCCGUUUGCAUUGCCAAGUGGGGUGCGGAUGCUACCCGAGCACAUAUUCUCUUCUCUGCUCCCGUGAGCGAGAUCCUCGAAUGGGACGAGGAGAAAAUCGUUGGCAUUCAGCGAUGGUUCGCCCGGGUAGCAAAAGUCGUCGAUAUGUGUUACAAAGGUUCGAGCAGUAAUGGAUGUGAAAAGACAGAUUUUGGCGAUCUUUGGGUUCGUUGCGAGAAAGCGCCUCUUACAGUCGAGAUACUCAACGCGCCCGAUCAUGACUUGAAAAAUUUUUCGCCCCGAGACCUUGACAUCUUACUUUUGGUUGCCAGCACUGUCAGCUCCGUAAACCACACCCUGGAACAUAACGUCUAUGCCCUCAACACCAUCAUCUCAGACCUCAUCAAGCUCACGAACAAGCUGCUGGAAGUAUCAGAUGUCGUCAUCGAUCAAUCUCUCCUUUUGUGGGCAACAUCUGCCUUGCUUCGCAUGCUCGCCCCCAUUGCUCCAACCUUCUCAGAAGAGUGUUGGGCAACUCUACAACAGGACCCGAAAAUCUCAGUCUGGUGUGAUCAUCACUGGCCUGGCAGCAAUAAGUUCAUUUUUCAAACUCCUUUCCCAUCCUCUCCUCUCACACCAGAAGCGCAGACUCUACUCCAGUCGCAAUGGAAGUCUGUCAACUGCGCGGUGCAGGUCGACGGAAAACUGAGAUUUAGCAUGGACAUUCCGCCUCAAUUCUUCCACAAAGGAGACAAACAAGGAAUAAGCAAGAACAGAAAGGAAGCUGACGUCCAGAUGAUGCAAAAAGAUUUAGCGCAACUGAUAGUGAACUCUACUGAAGGCAGGUACUGGCUUAGGGAGAAAAACCAAUGGGACAAGAGGAAGAGGUUCAUUGUGGUAAACAAGCCAGAUGGAAGUAAGCUUGUGAAUGUUGUGUUCAGAAAAUGA